AUGCUUUCGUGUAAAACCUUCCUCAAACUGUUCGCGGUGGCUGUCGCGCUCUCCGACUUCACGGCUCAUGCCGACAAUGCGUAUGCAGCUGGCACCGAAGAAAGUCCUGCUACUGGAAGCGACAGCGUCUCUACUUCUUCAAGCGGAGUUGACCUAGGUGAUGACACGGAGGUCGUGAACUCACCACAGCACGAACCUAAUUACUAUCUCAACGUUGAUAGACAGAUCGACGCCGGGAAGGGCGGUAUCAGCGUCAACGCGGAUGUUGAUGCGGAUGUGAAGGCGGACGUCGGUCUGGGUAUCGGCCCAAAUGCGGGUCCGGGCGGAAAGCCUGGUCUUGGUCUCGGAGUCAAGGCGGAUGUUGAUGCGAAGGUGAAGGCCGACGUCGGUCUAGGCGUGAAGCGUAAUCUCGGAGUCAACUUGGACGUUGAUGCGGAUGUGGACGCGAAGGUGAAGGCGGACGUCGGUCUGGGUAUCGGCCCGAAUGCGGGUCCCGGCGGGAAGCCUGGCCUUGGUCUCGGCGUCAAGGCGGAUGUUGAUGCGAAGGUGAAGGCGGACGUCGGUCUAGGCGUGAAGCGUAAUCUCGGAGUCAACUUGGACGUUGAUGCGGAUGUGGACGCGAAGGUGAAGGCGGACGUCGGUCUGGGUAUCGGCCCGAAUGCGGGUCCGGGCGGAAAGCCUGGUCUUGGUCUCGGAGUCAAGGCGGAUGUUGAUGCGAAGGUGAAGGCGGACGUCGGUCUAGGCGUGAAGCGUAAUCUCGGAGUCAACUUGGACGUUGAUGCGGAUGUGGACGCGAAGGUGAAGGCGGACGUCGGUCUGGGUAUCGGCCCGAAUGCGGGUCCCGGCGGGAAGCCUGGCCUUAGUCUCGGCGUCAAGGCGGAUGUUGAUGCGAAGGUGAAGGCGGACGUCGGUCUAGGCGUGAAGCGUAAUCUCGGAGUCAACUUGGACGUUGAUGCGGAUGUGGACGCGAAGGUGAAGGCGGACGUCGGUCUGGGUAUCGGCCCGAAUGCGGGUCCCGGCGGGAAGCCUGGCCUUGGUCUCGGCGUCAAGGCGGAUGUUGAUGCGAAGGUGAAGGCGGACGUCGGUCUAGGCGUGAAGCGUAAUCUCGGAGUCAACUUGGACGUUGAUGCGGAUGUGGACGCGAAGGUGAAGGCGGACGUCGGUCUGGGUAUCGGCCCGAAUGCGGGUCCCGGCGGGAAGCCUGGCCUUGGUCUCGGCGUCAAGGCGGAUGUUGAUGCGAAGGUGAAGGCGGACGUCGGUCUAGGCGUGAAGCGUAAUCUCGGAGUCAACUUGGACGUUGAUGCGGAUGUGGACGCGAAGGUGAAGGCGGACGUCGGUCUGGGUAUCGGCCCGAAUGCGGGUCCCGGCGGGAAGCCUGGCCUUGGUCUCGGCGUCAAGGCGGAUGUUGAUGCGAAGGUGAAGGCGGACGUCGGUCUAGGCGUGAAGCGUAAUCUCGGAGUCAACUUGGACGUUGAUGCGGAUGUGGACGCGAAGGUGAAGGCGGACGUCGGUCUGGGUAUCGGCCCGAAUGCGGGUCCGGGCGGAAAGCCUGGUCUUGGUCUCGGAGUCAAGGCGGAUGUUGAUGCGAAGGUGAAGGCGGACGUCGGUCUAGGCGUGAAGCGUAAUCUCGGAGUCAACUUGGACGUUGAUGCGGAUGUGGACGCGAAGGUGAAGGCGGACGUCGGUCUGGGUAUCGGCCCGAAUGCGGGUCCCGGCGGGAAGCCUGGUCUUGGUCUCGGAGUCAAGGCGGAUGUUGAUGCGAAGGUGAAGGCCGACGUCGGUCUAGGCGUGAAGCGUAAUCUCCGUGCAUACGUCGAUGCUGACGAGGUCACUCGUCGUCUUCGGGGCAACUUUUAG